AUGGGCGCCGCGAGCAGCAGCUGCGCCGCCGGCCCGUCGUCUUCGUCGCCGCCGCCGCGUCGCCGGCCGCGGAUCGGCCUCGGCGGGUGCUUCGGGGCCGGAUCCUCCGCGCGCGACGGCGGGGGCCUCGCCGCCGCCGCCGCCGCGGCCGCCUCCUCCUCGCGCGCCCUCCAGGCAGCAACUCGGCAAGCAGAGCGAGCAGCGGCUGGGCUAGAUUUCCAGCCUUCCCUGUCUGCUAAGGAUCUUCGCCACACCAGCGAGCCAGACCCAAGAGUGCAUCCGUCUUCAAGCACCAUAAGUCACCGCCUCCGGUUCAACCACCUGGACUGUCACGAGAACAAGGAGCAUGCCCUGCGAAUUAAAGAUGCUGAAACGAGUGGUCUGGCGAGUUCAUCAGGAAAGGAUGCCGUGAUUAGGGGAAAUCUCAGUAAUGAAGCUGGCAAUGAUGAGAGAACAUCUGGGGAAGGGGUUAGUCCUAUGGCACAAGAGCUUGUAGAACCUGCACCUGAUAAUGUCCAUAUUGACGCAGUUUUCAUUACAGAAGUUAGUGGCUCCUUGUCCCAGUCUGAUUUCCACUCCUCGCUGAUGACAUCUGAAAGGAUCAUGCCUGGCUUGGAAGACGGCGAGACAGCUCUCCGCAGGACUUCAUCCAGAGAUGUUUUGUCAAGUGAAAGAUCAGAUGUUUCUCAAUCCAGCUUGACAUCUGUGUUGCCUGCUACUUCAAGCGCAUCAUCCAUCGUUGGUGAAUCAAUUCCAGAUGCAACUGCUAGCAGAGAAGAUGUUCCAACCAUAUUCAGUGUGUCUCAUGGUCAGAUUGGUGGCAGUACAGUGCAUGAAGACAUGGUUAGCAUUUUCUCAAAUGAUGGCCCAGAACACCCCCGAGAUUCCAGCAAUGGUGAAACAAGAAGAAAUCAUAGAAGAGUCCUAUGGGAUUCAUUUUCAAGACGUGGUUCUAGAGGUUAUCUAGAUUCAGACACUGAUGAUCUGGGAUUUUACAGUAGAUGGCUAGACCUUGGUGAUGAUCUUUUUGGUGAUGAGGUUGAGGAGGCACGAUACUUUCAUCGUAGACGCCAUGGUUCAAUCAGAGUAAACCAGUAUUCAAGAUCUCGGAUUAGGGAGCACCGUCGUGCUAUUUUUGAUAGUGGGAACGGACAAAGUACUGCUGCUUGUCCUUUGGGGAUCCACCAAAUUGGCAGAUGCACCUGUGAUGCAUUCUUGGUCGCUGAAGAAUCUAGUGCUCGCGCAAGUAUAUCAAGAAUUGUCAUGUUAACGGAGGCAUUAUUUGAGGUAUUGGAUGAGAUUCACCGGCAACCCUCAUCACUUUCACUUUCCAUGGCCUCUGCUCAAGCUCCAGAGGCUGUGGUUAAUUCAUUACCAUGUAAGAGCUACAAAAAGCUUGAGACAGCCCAAUGCAGUGCUGAUAUGGAACAGUGCCAUAUCUGCUUAACUGAAUAUGAGGAUGGAGAUCAGAUAAGAAGUCUCCCAUGCAAACAUGAGUUUCACCUGCAGUGUGUCGACAAGUGGCUUAAAGAAAUACACAGGGUGUGCCCGUUGUGUCGUGGGGACGUCUGCGAAGGUGUUGCCUCUUGA